CCCUCUCCAUAGUUUUUCCAUUCCCUUCCUUUCUCCAGCUAUAUACCUCUUCCAUCGCCUCCUUUCCCUACUUUAUAUAAAUACUACUACAGUCACUACUAAAAUAAUAUGCUCUGCCAGCAGCAGCCGCAGGGAUCAUCCAGCCCAGCUAACAGGCCUACCUACUGCAAGACUAAUCGUUAGCUAAUAAUUUUAUUAUUUCUUGAAUUAAUUCCAUCUCGCGCUACCUCUCUAAUAUAAAUACUAUAUUCUCCAUUUCUAGUCUUGCCACUUCUUGUUUACCUUGUGGCAGCAUUACUAUACCAGGAUCGAUAGAUAGCUUAGAAUCUUUUAUAUAUGAGGAUGAUGAUAGAUUUGGGUACCCAGAGAGGUAUGGUCCCUAUAAUGGACACCCCGACCUCCGUAGACUGUGGGAGGGAAGUGAGGUUCCGCAAGUCCUUUAGGUCUCUAGUGGAAUGCAUGGUCCCUGCCUGUUGUGGCUUUCAAGCAUCUGCAGAUUCCCUUGCCAGUGAUACCGAUGAUUAUUACACAUCAUCGUCAGCCUCGACAACCACCACCACCACCGUAACAGGCACCUUCUUCGGUUACAGGAAAGGUCGAGUGAGUUUUUGCCUCCAAGACGACACUCGUAGCUCUCCUCUCAUACUGCUUGAAUUUGCAGUCCCCACAGCCUACCUUGCAAAAGAGAUGCAGCACGGCUUGCUCCGCAUAGCACUCGAGUGCUGCCACCCAAGGCAAAUUAAUAGCCAAAAGGAGCGCUGCUCUCUCUUUAACGUGCCAGUGUGGACCAUGUACUGCAAUGGAAGGAAGGUUGGUUUUGCUACGAGGAGGCAGAUGAGUGUGAGUGAUGUGGCUGUACUAAAACUCAUGCAGUCCGUCUCAGUUGGUGCUGGUGUUUUGCCAGUGGCAGGCACCGGAGAAACAGGGGGCCUCCUCAUGUACUUACGAGCCAGUUUCGAGCGAGUUGUUGGCUCGGUGGAUUCCGAGUCCUUUCAUAUGAUUAAUCCUGUUGGCAGUUCUGGACAGGAACUCUCUAUAUUUCUCGUGCGAUCCUGACAAUCUCCGUUGAUCAAUCAAUACCAUGCAUAUAUAUAUAUAUAUAUAUAUAUAUAUAUAUAUAUAUAUAUAUAUAUAUAUAUUAGAAUUUGUAUUCCUAUAUAUAUACUAUUACAGAUCUUAAUUGCUAGUUCAUAUUAGUUUGUGCUAGAGUAUCAAUUAUCCUGUCCUAUCUUGUCCUGUAAUUCAUGUAGAAACAUCUCUUAAAUUAAUCAAGUCAGAUCUAGUUAGAGUACUGCUAGAACCAAA